AUGGAAGAUAUGACAUCGCCGCUAGUCAAAUGUGAAGAGGAAUAUCCACGGUAUACCGACGACCACCCAAUGGAUAUCCGAGCCAUAAAUACAACGGCCCUUGACGACGACUUAGACUCCCCGUCGGAUAUCAUUCCGACCAACAGCGACAACUCGUUGGCACACUGUGGCGGCGGCGGCGGCGGCGGGGGCGGUAGCGGUACAAGCGGUGGGGCCAGCAAGAGUUUCGCCAACCUCGGCUUUCGACUGAGGGAGCGGAAACUGCUAAUCGAGAAGAAACGCUGGAUUGUUGACCUUGAGAUGGGGCUGGCCCUGAUCGGCAUCGUGAUCAUGGUAGUGGACACCGAGUUGUACUUCCAGAGCUACUACACCAUCGACUCACUGCCUUCUCAGUGGCUGAAGCUGAUGGUAUCCAUCAGCACUGUCGUCCUUCUCUUUGUAGUUUGCAUGUACUACAUGGUCGGCGUGCAACUGCGCAUGGUCGAGCUGGGUCUGCGAUCCUGGCGCCUGGCUGUCAGCAAAGGUGUUGUUUUAAAAUUGCUGAUUGAGAUUUCCAUUUGUUGCAUUCAUCCCCUACCUGUUCACAUCGGCACGCUUGAGUUAAAGGCUCCAGAGAAACCUGGAGUUGUCCAUAUAAUCGAAGAUCCAUUGGCAGCCGUCCUGUCUAUUCUCAUGUUCAUGAGGCUCUAUCUGAUUGCUCGCUUCAUGGUCGUCCAUAGCAAUGUGUUGAUUGACAGCGCCGUACAGAGUCUGGGUACCCUCAGCAGAGUCAAUAUCAACGCCCAAUUCGUUUUCCGUGCCCUUAUGUCGACCUGUCCCGGAUUUGUGCUGAGCAUUAUUAUGAUGAGCGUAUUUAUGAUCGGUUCCUGGACAAUGCGAGCGUGCGAGACGCACUCAGCUCCCGGAAGCGACACGCAUACAAUCUCUCAAGCGAUGUGGUUGACGGCGGUCACCUUCCUUACCCUCGGAUAUGGUGAUCUAACGCCGAGUAGCCGCUGUGGACGGUUCAUUGCAAUCUGGACCGGACUUAUGGGUGUGGGCAUCACGGCCCUUUGUGUAGCCGUCCUAGCCCGUAAAUUGGAACAGACACGACCGGAAAAGUACGUCCAUACUUUUCUACGACGCAUGCGCCUCGACCAGCGAUACAAGAACGCAGCCUCCGACGUCCUGAAGCAGGCCCUAAUGAUCUGGCGUCUCAAGAGGGCAGGCAUGCCGGAGUCUAACGCGCAGAUAAUGCACCAUCGGCGGAAGCUGAUCGACGCCACGGCGAUCAUGCGCAGCGCCAAGGAGGUAAGUGGAAUGGUUAGAGAGAACACAGUCGGUAUCAUCGAGGUGGCAAACAGCGUCAACGAAAUUUACAACCUGGUGAAGGGAAUCAGGGACGAACAGAAACUCAUACAGAAUCGACUCACGUCACUUGAGAUGCAUGUCGUUGCUGUCAACAAGCAAAUAGACAAGAAUUUUAAAUCGUGA